CGAACCAUUUAUAAGGAUAUUUACUCACCGUCCCCUUAAUUCAAGCGUUUCCUUACUCCUUACAGCCAUGGCCGCGGCUGCACCAAGCCCUCGUCCUACCUCCAAACCCUACGAUGCCGACGUCACUAUCGUCUCCGCCAAGCACCUGAAGAACGUCAAUUGGAGAAGCGGCGAUCUCAAGCCCUACGUCAGCUUCUGGAUCAACGGCGGCCGCCGUUUCUCCACCAAAUCCGACGAUUACGGCUCCACCCGCCCGGUAUGGAACGAGCGGUUCGUGGUUCCCCUCACGCUCCCUCCUCAGGAAUCGGUUCUCACUCUCGAGAUCUUACACUCCAAACCCUCGGAGACGGCCAAGCCUCUGGUCGGAACCCUAAAGCUCCUUCUCAAGGACGUGACGGACUCCGAUGAUGCCCCAAAGCUUAGAAAUUUCGAGCUCCUCCUCCCUUCCGGCCGUCCUCAGGGCAAGAUCCGGCUGAAAUUAGUCAUCCUUGAACGCCCCACCCCGACUCCCCAACUUUCCUCCCCUCCGAUUUCCAGCUAUUAUUUCCCGCAAUUCUCUGAUCCCAGGGACUAUAGCCCUUUCAACCCCACCAGCUAUAGCAACCCACAACACUAUUCCACCCCAUCUCCCCCAACUCCCCUUCCUAACCCUCAUCCUUAUCAAUACAGCGGACACUCUGACCCAUACUCUAACUACUAUAACACUUACUACUCCCACCCUCCAUAUCCGCCGCCGCCACGACCAUUCUUGGACCGACAAUCUGGCUAUGCCAGGCCGGGGCCGAGUGCACCAGUGGAUUAUGCACCACCUUAUGAGAACACUCGCGGUGGAAAGCUUGGAGUAGGAACUGGAUUGGCAGUUGGAGCUGUGGCCGGAGCCCUAGGAGGGAUGACAUUGGAAGAAGGCUUGAAGUAUGAGGAAGAGAAGAAGCUUCGCGAGAGUGGGGUUUCUCCUAGGGAUAGUUUCAGUGAUUACCGUGGUGAUUAUUAGCACUGCCGCAACCUCAAUCUUGCCUACUACAUGGUAUGCCUCACUCUUAUGCCCUACAUAUGGAUUAUUUUCAUACAUUCGCGAUUUGCAUCAGUGUUUAUGUAAAUGAAAUGUGAAAACUCAUGCCUAAUCUUGGAUGGUGUUAUUCGUGCUUCGUGUGGAAGUAAGUAGUGUUGCAAAUAUUCAUCUAUCUAUUUCUCAUUCUAAUACUGUUGCUUAGACAUAGGUAUUGAU